AUGCAUUUUGCUAAAGCAGCUGCACAAGCGCAUGGGACGGGAUUGCGUGAUUCUGCGCUUAAAUGCCCGGUGCUUGCUGCGCCUACAAGUAGCCCUCAGCCCACAUUUAGCCUCACACCACUUGUUGAGGAUUUAAUUGAGGAACCUGUUGUAUCGCUCAUUCGUACAGAGGGGAGUGGUGCUCCCGGUGGACGGCAGCUGCUGAGGUCCCGUGCGGCGGUGCUGCAUGGCGGCGAAGUGAGACCCUACACCGCCGAUGAGAUGCGCGCAACUGCAGGAACUGAGUACGCAUCCGGCAAGGCGGUUCACACAUUCGUCGGGCACUACCGCCAACCUACCACCGCCAUCACCACUUCCUCGCAGGGGACGUUGGUUAAGGAAGGUCACGGCGCCAUGUACUUUGCUGAUGGUAGUUUCUUUAUUGGACAGUGGUCAAACAAUCAACGAAGCGGCUUGGGAUCCCUUUACUCUGCACUUGGCUAUUCAUACGAGGGAGAGUUUAAGGAUGAUGUUCCUCACGGAUAUGGUGUGGAGCACUUCCCGGGGGAUCAAACGUACGUGGGUGAUUUUGUAGGUGGACGUCCACACGGUCAUGGGAUAGUCUACUACUGUCGUAACGGCUCUAUACAUGUUGGGGAUUAUUCUCGCGGUGAGAAGCAUGGAAGUGGGGUGGUAUUCUAUGAGAAUGGGGAUGUUUUCGAGGGAAAUUGGGUGGGUGGUCGUCGCACAGGUGAGGGUAUAUGCACAAGCGUUGAAGUGAAACAAAUGCCCCAAUAUGGUAGAGCCACCACCGUUCAGCGCUGUACACGGACCCAAUGGUUCCGUGAUCGGUGCAAAUGGGAAACAAUGCGGAUAGAUCCUACGCACGAGCCGCCUUCACUGAGUCACUAUCUUGAAGAGGGUACCCUUACACGUUUUGACGAUCUUGAGAGUCCUCUUGGGAACGGCGUCGGAACGCUGACUGUGGCGCACAAACUCGUGCGCCAUAUACCACCUGUUUUACUGCAGCGUCUGGAGCGCUGCUUUGAUAGGAUGGAUGAAGCAUUCACAGGGGAGGUGCCAUUGCCAACACUUGAGGCCACCUUUGAGUUACACGCAGAUGGAGAUAAUAUAUUUCAGUCAAUUCUCAGGGCGGCGCAGUCUUCUACACGAGAUACUUCUCUUGUGACCCACGUGGAAUUUAUUGCAUUUAUGCAGGGUCUCUUUCCACACUUGAGUGAAGCUGAUAUUUGUCGUAGCAUAACGCAGGAGUUACAUCUCGAAACUCUGCUGCGUUUACGUGGGGUGCUGGCCGGGGUUGUUUCUAGCAAGAAGGAUGGAUUUCUGCAGCUAGUGCAAACUGGCCGGGAGGGCGAAGCGCUUCAGGGAGGAGGAAGAGGACGCCCUGAUAAAACGCGGGGCAGCAUUGAAUUAUUCUCACUCAAAAGAUCUGGAGACUGUAUGACCUCUGAGAAGACUCAACUCACCCUGGACCAGUUAGAUGCGGCGAGGGGAUUUGUUGGCGGCGUGCGUGUGCCACGUGGUCUGUUCCUUCGGCAGAAGAUGUUGGACGGCAACGAGCAACUCGAUUUCUCUGAGAUACUGGAGGGGCUGUGCCCGUGCAUCCCUCUGCAGGCAUUGCGCCGAUGUGAAGUUACUAUCUUUCCCCCGCACGUCUUUCGCGGCUACAUGCAGGCUUUUGCUCAGUUGGAUGAGAUGCAAACAGGUUCACUUUCCAUACAAUCGAUGGCUAUCGCGAAAAACCGGUUUAUGGCGGCUCGAUCGCGGGGCCACGAACAUAUUCCUCAGCCCUUAAACGCACUAGAAAGGCUUAUUCUCCCAGGACGGCGACGAUGCCAGGCACAGUGGGGAAUAGCCGAUAUUUCACUUUCCAUAUCCUUUGCGAAGUACAUUGACCGCUUUAAGAAGGGCUCUGUAACUCUGGCAGAUGUGCUGCGGCACGCGUACCCGAAUGUGCCUUGUGUAGUGACGCGAAAUCGACUUAUGUCUGGUGCGUUGGCCUCUCGCUUUGCACCACACGUCGCGGAUUUGGAGGUGCAGCUACAUGAAGGUGCACCAACGGAAAACCCGACUGCCCCCUUUACCUCCCUCUCUUAUUCCUCCUGUAGCUGUUGCAUCUGCUUGCUUUGUACCACUAAUGGCCUCCCUCUUGGUACUCUCAGGAGCCAGUGA